AGGAGGCAGUAAACAGUUUUCUGAGCUUCUCGGCUUAGAGUCGCCUACCUAACUUUCAAAACCUCACACAAAAGUCUGUAACCACACACCUGAAAUAAAGAUAUUGCAACAUUAACACCACUGUAUGUCUAUCGUUACAAACCAUCUACAAUACAUCUCUAAUAUCUAGUUUUCUGUUUACAAGACCUGAAUUUUGUGCUCUCCCGGUCGCGGAAACUGGUGACGAAAAAAGCUAAAUUUGCCGAUUUUUAAAUCGCUGCAGAAAAUUCCCUGAAAACGAUAGCCCCAAUUGCUACACUGUUCCAUACUCCAGUAACACUGUAAAAUCUGAAAAUAAGCUCAAAUAUAUGUGCCAUCCGUACCGUUUUUUCACUGUUCCAGUUUUCCUGAGGCCCCUGCUAAAAUGACAACCCCACUUUAAGCUAGCUCAGAGGAAGCAUGUAUACGCUCCUGCAAGUCAUUACGUCAUACUAUCAAGAUCAAGGCUACUCAACUGAUUUUUUUUAAAUAAGUGAAACUCAAUUCUAGCCGCUGAAACUUCAAUUCUAGCAAUUAUUAUUAUUUAGAAGUUCAAAUAUGCACUUCAUUCCGUAAAUUGCCUCUUAUUUGUAAAUUUCACCCCGGCCAAUUCGACACUAACAGCUCAAAACUGUUUACUGCCUCCGAAAUCGGGUUGCAUUUUCAGCAAAUUUUCAUAUCUGGAUUGAACUAGUAAACGGAACGAAAAAAAAACUGUAUACCAUAUCGGCCUGGACAAUAUUCUAUGAAGAUACAUGUGCAGUUAUCUGUCAAAAUUGCAUGUGUGAAGGUCAUGAAUGAAUUGAACAAAUGAGCAUAGAGAAAAGUUGAGUACCAAAAUGGAAAAUUUUGUGGAGAAUAGUGACAUAGAUGUGGUGGGGGAUGCUGACACUGGGAGCAAGUCAAAGUUUCAUGUGGACAUGGAUCUCAUCCAGUCAGCUCAACUCACAGAUGAUACAGAUGAUCUCAAGGGUCUCGAUAUUGAUGUUUUCAACCAGGAAGAUUUUGAAGAAGGUGUGAUGAAACAGGUUGAUGAUGCAAUCACUAAGGAAGAAGAAAAGAGAAAGAAAGAGUCCUUGAAGAAGGACUUGAAGAUUGUCAAUGAUGAUAUAAGGUCUUUGAAGCAUGAGUUGGCGUCCCUUGCCACACAGCUAGCCCAGCUAGGUCAGGGUAAGUCAUUUGCCACAGGAGGUGCCAACAGAAGACUCGUGUCUGCACAGAAACAAAAAGAAACCAAGAUGACUGAAAUGAAAGCUUUAGAAGAGAAGAAGAAGAAGAUACAGGCCAGAUUAGAUGGAAAAGCUCCUCUUUUUGAUGAAAAUGAAAAAGCCUUCAAGUCUGUACUGGGAUCAUCAGGUAAUGAGGCAAAGGACAAACUUAUUAAAACAGGGGAGAUGACUCCAUUUGGCACAGUUGUAAAUCAGCAACAUCCAACAGAAAGUUCCGACAUACAGAUUAAAAUUGAGCCAAAUGAUGAGGAAGGGAAUAGACCAGCUGUUCAGGCUGUCACAAAACGGGCCAUAAAGAAAGAACAUGAACUAUCAGAAGAAGGUGAACUUAGUGAACCUGGUUACCUGAGUGAUGGUGAAGAAUGGGUGCCUAGUGACCAGGAGCCACUUGUGGACAGUGACCUGGAAGAGGAAGAAACUGUGAAACAAGAAGUUAGAAGUGCAAAAUUAGAAAAAGAAAGAAAGAAUAAAAAGAAGAAAGGUUGGUCUAAGGUUCACAACCGACCAAUUUAUCGCAGUCAUAGUGAAGAUUCUGACUCUGAUGCUGGUGAGAGGUUACCGCGGGCGAAGGCAAUCAGAAAGUACCGAGACGACGGGCAUGAAGAAUACUUUGAAGAAAGAAUGGAAAAGUUCCACAAAAGUGAACUGUUCAAGCAGAAAGCUAGAGAAGCUGGAAGAAUGAGUGAUUCGGAAGAUGACGAGGAAUUUGACGGGGGAAUGAAAGUACCAGGCAGAAUUUGGAGUAAAUUAUACAAAUAUCAGAAGACAUGUGUGAAGUGGUUAUGGGAGUUACACUGUCAACAAGCUGGAGGAAUUGUCGGUGAUGAGAUGGGUCUAGGGAAGACAAUACAGGCUAUAGCCUUCCUGGCUGGCCUCAAGUACUCCAGACUGCGCAGCAGAAACUUCAAUUAUGUUGGUUUGGGACCGUCAAUGAUCGUAUGUCCGGCUACAGUGAUGCAUCAGUGGGUUAAGGAAUUUCAUACAUGGUGGCCUCCCUUCAGGGUGGCUGUCUUACAUGGUUCUGGAACAUACAUAGGAAAAGAGAGAGAUUUGAUCCGUCACAUUGUGAAAAAUAACGGGAUUCUGGUGACAUCAUACAGUACCUUGGUGCUACAGCAGGAACACAUUCUACCAUAUGACUGGCACUAUAUCAUCCUUGAUGAAGGACAUAAAAUCAGAAACCCGGAUGUGAAGGCCACACUAGUCUGUAAACAGUUCCGGACCCCACACAGAAUUAUCCUGUCUGGUUCACCUAUACAGAACAACCUGAGGGAACUGUGGUCACUGAUGGAUUUUGUGUUUCCAGGGAAACUUGGCACUUUGCCAGACUUUCUACAACAUUUUGCUGUUCCUAUUGUCCAGGGAGGUUACUCUAAUGCCACUGAUGUUCAGGUUCAAUCUGCGUACAAGUGUGCCUGUGUGUUGAGAGACACCAUAAACCCGUACCUUCUGCGCCGGAUGAAAGCUGAUGUCAAAAUGAACAUCAACCUGCCAGGCAAAACUGAACAGGUUCUGUUUUGUCGACUGAGCAAGGACCAGAGAGAAGUGUACGAGGAAUAUCUUGCAUCUAGAGAAUGUCAGGAAAUUCUGCGUGGAAGGCUUAUGGUAUUUUCUGGAUUAAUUCAACUGCGUAAGAUCUGCAAUCACCCGGACCUUGCUACUGGAGGUCCUCGAGUAUUCAAGGGAGAUAAUGACACUGAUUCCAGUCUGGAUUAUGGCUACUGGAAAAGGGCUGGGAAGAUGAUUGUGGUAGAUGCCCUUCUUAAACUGUGGAAGAAACAGGGACACAGAGCUCUUCUGUUCACACAAAGCAAACAGAUGUUGGAUGUAAUGGAGAAGUAUGUACAAGAGAAGAGAUAUACAUAUGUUAGGAUGGAUGGUGGUACGGGAAUAUCUUCUCGACAACCUCUCGUACAGAAAUACAACACUGAUGAGAGUAUAUACCUGUUCCUGUUGACAACUAGGGUUGGGGGCCUGGGUGUAAAUCUUGUUGGUGCCAACAGGAUCAUCAUUUACGAUCCUGACUGGAACCCGAGCACAGACAUGCAGGCAAGGGAGCGGGCUUGGAGGAUUGGUCAGAAACGUCAGGUGACCAUCUACAGGUUACUGACUACAGGGACAAUAGAGGAGAAGAUCUAUCACAGGCAAAUUUUCAAGCAGUUUCUGACCAACAGAGUGUUGAAGGAUCCCAAGCAGCGUAGAUUGUUCAAGACAAAUGAUUUGUAUGAGUUGUUUAGUCUUGGACUCAGUGAUGAUAAAGGCGAGACAGAAACAACUGCAAUCUUUGCUGGAACAGGUUCUGAUGUUACAGUCAAACCAGUGAUGAGUAAAAAUAGAUUUGACAAAAUAAAGGAAGAAAAGAAGAGGUUAGAAAAAGAAAAGGAGGAGGAGGAGAACUUAGAUGAUGUUGAGAGAAACACAAAGGCUGAGCUGAACUUUGACAGGGAUGAAAUAGCUAGAAUGAGAGAGAUGGCAAGAAAACUGAGCCAGAAAAUGGAACAAGACAAAUUAGCAAAGUUUAUGAAAACACCGAAAGCUGCGUCAGACUCUGGGUCUGACUCUAGGGAGAAAAUAUCAGACAAUGUAAAAAAUGCAGACAAUAGUUCUCACAUAGGUUCUAGUAAAGACAAAUCUCAAGGAAAUAAAACAAGUUCAGGGUCAAAUGUUCAGGAAACUAGUGCACUUAGUGAUAGAGACAGAUUGAAACAUUUUAAGAUUAAAAAGAAACCAAGCUCAGAGGCAUUGAAUGUUGCAGCUAGUAGUGUCAGUGAUAUACCUAACAGAGUUAUAGAUAAUAAAAGAGAUUCUGAAAAGAAUAAAGAAGAUUCUCACAAGAGAAAGCAUGACCGGGACUCAGCAAGUUGUAGAAGUGAGAGGUUAAAGGGAGAACCAAUGGAGAAAAAGUUUAAGGACAAGGAUGUGGAACAUAAACGAGAUAAACAUAAAAAGAAGAAACAUAAGAGAAGAGAUGCUAAGUUUGAAGGUGAGCGUAUACCUCACUUAGACAAAACAAGAAACUACAAACCCCCAGCAGAACCUCAGAAAUCCAAGGAGGAAUCGGAUGAAAUGGACAACUAUGUACUGAAAAAACUCUUCAAGAAAACUGGUAUCCAGGGGGCGCUGCACCAUGAUAAGGUGAUGGACCCAGGGCAGGCAGAUUAUGUGAUUGUGGAAUCUGAAGCUGACAAAGUGGCAAGGGAGGCAAGUCUUGCACUCAAAAAGUCAAGGACACACUGUCUCCCAGCAACAGCUGGUGUACCAACAUGGACAGGGCAACAUGGAGCUAAACGACCACGAUUUGGACAGAAAAAGAACACAAUUUUACAGACAGCAUUAGAAAGGCCAUCAACAUCAAAACAGAUCAAGGAGGAAGACGACAAUACAGGUGCACCUCAAGAUCAGCAUUUUGAUGGUUCCCUGGCCGGCAGUGUACAGACCAACCUGAAGACAGGAGCCACAGUGUCGUCUGCUGUCUCAUCUACAGACCUACUCAACAAGAUGAGAGUCCGAAAUGAGGUUUUCUCCAAGUCUGCUGGAGGGGAUGGUGGUGAUGACAAUGAUGAUGAAAAUGUUGAUGUGUUUGUGUCAGACCCUAGUUCUCUUGAUCUCUUAAAACGUAUUAGAGAAUUUAUUAUGUUUGAAUGUAAGAAAUUUGGACAAGCAUCAACAAAGGAAUUGUUGGACGAGUUUGGUUCCAAACUUCCAUCGGAACACUCUGCAAAGUUCCGUGCAUUAUUACGCAGCAUCUGUGAUCAGGAAAAAGUUGAUGGAACCACUGUGUGGAAGUUACGAACAGACUUUAGAUGAGAAUAGGAUCCAAAAUAGUCAUAAUGUUUUAAGCACUUGCAUUUGAAUGUGGCUGGAUAAUUUGAGCAACAUCAGUUAGUAGUGUGAUAUGACUCAUUUUUGAUGAUUAAUUGUACCUACCUAAACUUACUGAACGUUCUAGUCUAGAUGAUAAUUUGUUAUACUUUUAUCUUGUUGCAGAACAUUUUGUUUACUUAUUUUAAAAAGCUUCAGUCCAGUUUUUUGCUUAGUUAAAGGGUAAUUGUUAAUUGACGUUAUGUAAAGACUGAAGCAUUUGAUUUGAUUUUUUUUACAUUUCAGGAAGUUUGUAUGACGAUGUUUUAUUAUGCUUGUAAUAAUUACAUGUAUACUUUGGGUUUUUAACCUGUCUUCAUAUUCUUUUGUAAUUUUCUAAGGUUGAAAACUGCAGGUGUUACUUCAGUUGUUGUGUUCUAAACCAGUCAUACUUGCAUUUUCUUUCAUUCAAAUCUUUCAUUUAAUCCUGUUUUUGUUGUUCCUUGUUUUGUUAUAGGACUAAUUAAAAAGAAAUGGAAGUAUAUAAAGUUGGAAUAGAUAGUGAAUAGAAACAAGCUUUCUAAUAGAUAAAAUCUUUUCUAUAAAAUUGGCAAUACUACUUUUAUACAUAUUUUAUACUGUUGAGUUGUUAUGUAUAUCGUUUACUACAGUAUUGUGUCUGUGUAGAACACAUCAGCUGACAAAAAGGUUGAUUGACACCAUGUAUUUAUUUUAUUGUUGUUAGAGUGUCAGAUACAGUCUGUUCUGGGGAUGAUAAGCUCCAAUUAAAAUACUGACAUCCAAAAAAUAAAAUCUACCCUGCUUUGUGCUCAUUUGAUUUACAGAGAGUGCUGCAAGUGGGAGUCCACAAAACAGAUAUUGAACAGAGUUCUGAUCUGAACAAAUAACUAAUUAUUCCAUAUAAGAGAGUGUGUUUAGAACGAAAAUGGAGUCAGGUAUUUAUGUCAGCUUAACAGACUGUAUCUGAUCUAUCCAUUGUUGUACAUCCUCAUCCCACCAUCAUUUUAGCCUUUUUUUUCCUCCAUCUAGCCUAAGCCUCCGACAUCAAGCCCCAUGAUACUGUUCAAAUAGAAGUAGUUUCAACCUUUUAUAUUUACAUUCGCCCUAUUCUUUUCCAUUGAAAAUCAUGACGUUUAUUUCGUAUGAACAGCAAAAGAAAAGGCGCAAAAUUAACGUCACCGCUGCUUAGUGAUAACCGACCGGUUUUGAUGACAUCCUUGUGUAGUCGGGGAGACUGUUCCUUAGAUGACGUUGCCGUUAUUCCGUGUAUUUUAACAGAAUAGCCGGGAAGCAGAUUUUAAUGUUAAAUGCCACAAAAUAUGUGCAAUUUAUCUUCUUUACAAAUGGAAAGGAAAUAUAAUGUAAAUAUAAGAAAUAAAACUAUUUUUUUCGGUGUUCAUUGAUUUGCAGAUCCUAUUUUGUCAUUCAUCAUUUCAUUUCUUAAAUGUAUUAAUUAGUGCUAUUAUUGUGAAUUUUAUCAUUCUCUGUAUUGUAAUUACAUCACAUGUGAUAUGCAUCUGCAUUUUAUUAGAACAUUUAUGAAAUGCUUAGCUAUGAAUGUCUUUUCUUUCAAAAUGGUUAGUAAUUUUAUUUUUAUGCACCAACAUUUGAAAAAUUUGUUAACUUCUAUGGCAGAGAAUCGAGAGUUCUUUUUAAUGGGAUUACUCGAUAUAUGUACUAUAUUCAUACUGUGAUAAUCACAUUGCAAACAUUUCAUGAUUGGACGUAAACUCCAAGAAAAUUGAGUAAUUGUACCAAUCACUGUAUUAAAAGUAAAUUAUGGAACUUGAAGGGAAAUUCCUGAUAUAUUUGAAAAUAAAAGACAUUUUCUUUUCUUUACAAUUCAAAGCAGUUUUGAAAUUCAGAUCAUUGUCAAUGCAAAUAAUUGUCGUUAUUCACGUUAUUAGAAUGGGACAUUCAUAUAUCAACUUCAUGAUAUGUCUAAAAAUUGCUAUACUGGUGAACUAUGAUAUGAGCCGUGCCAUGAGAAAACCAACAUAGUGGCUUUGCGACCAGCAUGGAUCCAGACCAGCCUGCGCAUCCGUGCAGUCUGGUCAGGAUCCAUGCUGGUCGCAAAGCCACUAUGUUGGUUUUCUCAUGGCACGGCUCAUAUUUCAAAUUCUAAGCCACAAACAAGUCUUGGGUAUUUAUAUGCUCUUGUAUCAUAGAUUGACACAUUCUCAAUUCCCAUUGCAUGCUCAAGCAUUUUGACUAUGGACUGUGAAUAAAAAGUUUUUGAGUGCAGUAUUGUACAAGAACAACCUUAUAACGACAGUAAACAGAAGUGUGUUCAUUGAAAGAUUGUAUGUACAAAUUACUUUAUUUCUCAGGAGAUAUUUUGUAUCAAAUUAAAAAUAUAAAAUGGCA